UAACGCCGAUAGCACACCGCCUGGCCAAUAUCAGCGCGAGGAUUCGCAAAGGCGCCCCCUCGAGGACAUGUCGGAUAACAACCGUAAUCUGCUUCAGGGCAAUCGUGAGAUCGGGGCAGGGGCUUACAAGAAGGUCAUGGAAAUCUACUUCAACGAGGACUCCAGAAACUUCGUGGUCGUUCCGGCGUAUCAGGAAUGUCCCGUUUCCGAUAACAGCGAGAACAUACCCCCGGAAGAAACAGAGUCUGAGACAGAGCCUGCCUCGCAUGGAAGCCGAAGUUGCGAACCGGGAGUCGAACCCUGCAAGAUCCAAGCCCUGAACGAGGCAGAGGCGCCUCGCAAAAGCAUUGCGGCCGACGUGGCAAGUACGUCUGAAGAAAAAAGCAAAUAUCAGAGGGAGGCCGACUGCGAAGGUCCAAGAAAGAAGAUCCGCAGAAUUGGUCUUCCCAAAAGCUUCAAGGUCCAAGCCUUGCAUCCCAACUGGAAAGCAAAUGUCGACGAGUGAUGCGAUGCUGCCAUGACCGCUUUUUUUUUUCUUU